GAUCCGGGAUCCAAGCUCUGCUGCGAAUCUUUUCACUGGCUCUUGCCAUUCGCAUCGUGGCCAUCGGAAGAGUCUCGUGGAGUUGUUCUGCGGAUAAGAUUACCAGUGCUGAAUUUUUUCCAGUGAGCGAAUCGUCAAAUUUGCAUACGUCUUUCGCAAAGGAGAUCUCUGAGAAAAACCCACGGCUGAACCGGAAAGAUAUGCAAAUAUGGACUUCCACAUACUGAUCGUCAUCGGUUGUGUGGUCAGCGCCUCGCUGCUCUCGUUCCUGUUCAUCAACAAGAUCUUCCGGCGCAAGACUUUCGAGGAGGUGGUGGCCGAGAAGCGCGCCCUGAGCGCCAACCUGUACAAGGCGGCCGGCGGAGCGGCCACCAAGAAGCCCAAGAAGAAGGAACUGAAGCGCGAGAAGAAGCAACGUCAGCGGGAACAGCAGCGGGAUGCGAACCAAGAGCCGGAACCGGAGGAGCCCGAGGAUUACUCCGAUGGUCAGUCGGAGGGUCAGGCAUCGGUGGCUGAUGAGGAACCCGGUCUGUCCAAGCAGCAUGUGGAGUUCGAGCCCGAUGCAGAGAUCCUCACGGAGCAGCGUCGUCCCAGUAGCGUGGCUGAGAAGGAGAACCAACCCUCUGCGGGCGGCAAAAAGGGCAAAAAGGACAAGCGCAACGGAGCCAGCAACAAGACUGCCGGCAUCCUGGUCAACAAGAACGAAACCGUGACUGUCAAAGUCCCAGCCCCUGCCGAGGAGACACCCACCUUGAAUAGUUUUGAGACCAAGGUCCCCAAGGAUGUGGUGGAACUGAAGAAGCAGGAGCAAAAGGAACGCAAGGAGGACAACAACAACAAGCAGCAGACCCAAAAGAAGGUCGGCGGCGGUGGAAACGUGGCCAAAAAGGAAAAGCCCGCAGCGGCCGAAACGGAGGCACCCGUAGUUGCCAAGCAGAUCCUCAAGCAACAGCAGCAGAAUGGCUCCCCAAAAACCCAGCACAACCAGGCCAACAACAAGACCAAGCAGCAGCAGCAAAACAAGAAACAGAACCAGAAGGAGACCCUCACGGCCAAGGAUUUGGCUCAGGCUCUGGACAAACUGGCCGAUCACCAGAACCAGACCAUCGGCGUUAACGCUCUGAUGAACGUGUUCUCCCGUGCCGAGCUCAAUCGCUCAGAGAUUCAGAUACUCAUCGAUUAUCUGCUGAACAAACAGCAGGAUAUGCCCUCUUCGCACUCCGAGUGGUCGGAUGACAUCUGCCAGAAGCUCAAGCGUCAGCUGGAAGAAAAGGAAAAGCUUUUGGCCGAGGAGCAGGAGGCCUCCAUUGGAAUUCAAGCUAAGUUGCGCGAACUGCGGCAAGAGGUUAACACCGAACGCGCCCAGAUGCACGCCCGCAACCAGGCCUACGUCGAUAAAUUGCAAAGCAAAGAGCAGGAGCUGACCGCCCUUAACCAGGAGCUGUCGAGUCUGAAUGACAAGUUGACUGUGGAGCGCCAGCAGUUACAGAACCUCUUGAGGGAGAAGCAAGCCAACUCGCAGGAUCUGUUGCAGCUGCAACGCUUGCAGCAGGAUCUCGCCCACAAGGAAAAGUGCCUGGCCGAAAUGACCGCAUUCGUUAGCGCCGAGACUCAGCAGAAGAACGAGGUGAUCCAGCAGCAGGCUCAGCAGCUGCAGGCCCUGGAGCAGCAACGCGACGAGCUGGAAGCGCGCCAGAACAACAGCAUCUUUGAGCUGGAGCAGCGCAAGCAGCUGGAGGCGGAGAACGCCGAGCUCAAGCAAGAGUUGUGCGCCGUCGCGCAGGCUCAGUCGGAGCUGCAGCGCGUCCACGCCGCCGAGUUGCAGGAGCUGCGUCAGGGGUCGUCCGUCCUGGAGGCCAACAACCUGGCACUCAACCAGCGUCUCACCCAAGCCGCCAGCAAUGCCAUUCAAGCCACGGCCGCCCAGAGCGAGCAGGCUCAGGCCCAGACCGAAGCUCUGGCCCAGAAGCAGCAGGAGCUGAGUGCCCUGCGCUCGCAGGUGGAAUUGCUGACGAGUGCCCAGGCCCAGCAGCAGAAGCAGGCCACCGCCCUGCAGUCACAGCUCCAGGAGGCGCAGCAGCGAGCCGAACAGCUGCAGGCCAAGGAGAAGCAGCUGCAACAGGAGCUUCAGCUGCAGCGAGAGAAAAAUGACGACGUGCGUACGAAAAAUUGGAAGUUGAUCGAAGCGUUGCAAAAUGCCGAAGCAUCAGUAGCUAAGGCAACGGCCAAGACGAAAACAAAUACAGCGCAAUCCGUAGGCCAACAACACAAAGAGCUGCAGCAGCAGCAACAGAAGGCGGUGGCUGCCAAUGGAGGAGGAAGUGCCAGCUCGGCCAAGAGCGAGCAGCAGAGGAUCAGGGAUCUGUACCAGCGCCUGUAUCCCGAGGCAGUGAAGGCGCAGUCGGGCAAUGCCCUGCAAUCCUCCUUCGACCAGUGGCUGGAGCAGGUCCUGGCCACCCAUGUCAAGCAGCAGCAGGAUAAGCUGCGGCAGAAGCUCGAGGCCGAGAAGCCCGAGAAGCAGCAGAGCAGCAGCAGUAGUCAUAAGUCCACACAAUCAAACAACAGUAGCAGUAGCAACCACAACAAUAGCACCCACAACAAUAUUAGUAGCAAUAAUAGUAGUUCGAAUAGCCAAUCCUCCUCCGCCGCCGCCGAGCAGCAGGAGCUGCACAAACAGAACCUGCAGCUGCGGGAGUGCAACGACAAGCUCACCCAGCUAGUCACAAAGACGACCAACACGUUGAUGGAUUUGGAGGAGCGAGCCCGCGAGCAGGACGAGCACUGGCGUGGCAUCGUCGAGCAGAAGGAGCAGCUCAUCCUCACGCUGCAGCAGCAUGCCUCCAACGGAGAAUAGGACAUUUAAUGUCGCCUAGAUAAAAGAGCAACAGGAAGGUGGAGGCCAACAACGACGAUAAACUGACAAGCAACCGCAGAGUUUGUCCAACUUCCAUAACAACAGCAACAGGAAAAACAAACAAACAACAACUCUAACACCCUAUUAAGUUUAAAGUUAAUGUAACAAGAGAUAGGCGAGGGAAAUUAAGCACGCCCCCCAACAACAGCAACAUUCAACAUUUUAUAGUAACGAAUACCAACAAUUAUGAGAAUGAGAACUACGGAACGCUUUAAGAAAUUAUAAACUCAUAACUAAGGCAAGAUAAUGAUAACAAUCGAAACUUGUGCAAUGUUAAACGAGAAGAGAAGAAAAGCUAGCGAAGGAAAAGCCAGACUCUGAUCACAGGAACAGGCGAUUUCCACACAAGCCCUCCCAAAAAGAAAAGAUAAUUAAACCCGGAAAAUCCAUUGCUGCUGCUAUUUUCCAACAAUUAUUUAUCCCGUACUUCGCAUGCGAUUAUUGUUUUUUGUGUUACACUUGCAUUUAAAAACGCGCUAUAAACAAUUGUAUAUGUAUCUUAUGUUAAGCGAAUGAAUUUAAAACCCAGCUACUUAAAUGGCAAUCCACAAAAAUAAAACAAACUAACUAGUAUGAAUGUA